AUGUCGCAAACAUCAAUCACUGGAAAACUAAUCCAAAAGGACGACGCUUACAAAGAGGCAGAGAACAAAAUACGAGCAGUUUUAGAUCAGCGAAUGCACCUUCGCUUUUUGCUUGAAGAAGUGAAUACACGCCUUGAAUCCACGUCAUCUGAAAAAGAACCAGAGCUUUACCAAAAGAUUUUGAAUGACAAAAAAGCACUUCGUGUUGUCCAAGAGAACCUCGACGAGUUGAUUACCACAUUAUGUGGUACUAACGAAUCUCUAUUAUUAAGAUACGCUUACUUCUCUCGUCGAUAUGUGGUGACUAUUACAGACGAAAAUGUUGAAGAAUCACAAAUUGCAGAUAUCAUUAAAGAGCUUGGAGCUGAUGCCGUGUACUCCCACACCAAAUCCGUCACUCUAUCAAAAGACAAAUUACACAAGACAACUCUUUUGACCUUCUAUCUCAAGACUGAUGCAGCCAAGUUAGCGCUUCGUUCCUACUGCAUCAAGAUGUGUUGGGUCGUUUCAAGGUACGACACAUAUCAAAAUAACUACUACAAACAAAACUAUUCCACCAUUUACCAUAAUAACCAACGAAACUCUCCAGAUAUCACACAAGAAACUGCUGACUUCAUAAUGACAGAUUUCUAUGAGAAACUUCUUUCAUUGGGGUACGACAGCAAAACAGCUCUUCGUAUUAUAAGAGUCGAGUUAGUUAACAGCAACUACAAUCAACUUUAUUUUAAUAUGUUUUCGCCCAAUCUUAAGAAAGAAGCCGAUGAGAUUGUGACCGAAAUUAACAAGCAAAAAUAUUGGGUUGAGUAA